UGAUACUAUAAAUCUGUGACGUGAAUUACGCUGCAGUCAGAGCUGUUGUUAUAGUAAAUGAAUCUACACCUUCUGACUAAACAGCUUGCUGCAUUGUAAACAAUGCGCUUUACAAAACUCUGUGUAAGUACAUGACUUAUUUCUUUUCUGUCAGUCUAUAGAAGGAAUUUGUAAAAGUGCAAAGCUGCAUCCAGUUCCCUAAACAUGUUCUGUUGAUAAAUCUGAUUUGUUAAUAGAUCAUAUCAGGGAUCUAAUUUAAUGAAUUUAUUUGAAUAAUGGUUAAAAUGGUGCAGCAGUUUGGUUAUAUCAUACUGAUCAAGAAUGAAGCUAGUGUUUACUUCCUGCACAUUACUUAUUACUUAUUAACACGGAAAGUUGUGAUUGCGGUUAUUCAGUCAGCUUGGAUCAUCGCACGUGUGAUAAUUGCGUCUGGUCUUCUAAUAUAUUGUGAUACUGAUUUGAUAUCUCUUCAUAUCAGCAGUCCUGACUCACAUCCCUAAAGAUGCCAAGGUUAUGUAACCAUGGCAAUGACGGGUCAGACGUCCUGUUCCUCCAUGAGCAACCACACCAAGGAGCGGGUCACGAUGGCCAAAGUGACCCUGGAGAACUUCUACAGCAACCUGAUCUCCCAGCACGAGGAGAGGGAGAUGAGGCAGCAGAAGCUGGAGAAGGUGAUGGAUCAGGAGGGACUUGCUGAUGAAGAGAAGCGUAUUCGGCGCUCUCAGCAUGCCCGGAAGGAGACAGAGUUUCUGCGGCUGAAACGAACCCGUCUUGGAUUGGAUGACUUCGAGUCACUCAAGGUGAUCGGCCGUGGUGCUUUCGGAGAGGUCCGUCUGGUUCAGAAGAAAGACACAGGUCACGUGUACGCCAUGAAGAUCUUGCGCAAAUCUGAUAUGCUUGAGAAGGAACAGGUUGGUCAUAUACGUGCCGAAAGGGACAUCCUGGUGGAGGCCGACAGUCUGUGGGUUGUGAAGAUGUUCUACAGCUUUCAGGACAAGAUGAACCUCUACCUCAUUAUGGAGUUCCUGCCUGGAGGUGAUAUGAUGACUCUGCUGAUGAAGAAGGACACUCUGACUGAGGAGGCUACACAGUUUUACAUCGCUGAGACGGUGCUAGCUAUCGACUCCAUCCACCAGCUGGGUUUCAUCCACAGAGAUAUUAAACCAGACAACCUGCUACUGGAUUCAAAGGGCCACGUGAAGCUGUCAGAUUUUGGCUUGUGUACAGGGCUUAAGAAGGCUCACAGGACAGAAUUCUACAGAAACCUUAACCACAGCCUGCCCAGCGACUUUACAUUCCAAAACAUGAACUCAAAAAGAAAAGCAGAGACCUGGAAGAGAAACCGGAGACAGCUGGCUUUCUCCACUGUUGGAACCCCUGACUACAUCGCUCCUGAAGUGUUUCUGCAGAACGGAUACAAUAAACUCUGUGAUUGGUGGAGCCUGGGGGUCAUCAUGUACGAGAUGCUUAUAGGUUACCCCCCUUUCUGUUCAGAGACUCCUCAGGAGACAUACAGGAAGGUGAUGAAUUGGCGAGAAACAUUGACUUUCCCCCCAGAGGUUCCCAUUUCAGAGAAGGCAAAAGAUCUUAUACUCAGGUUCUGCUGUGAGAGUGAAAGCAGGAUCGGUGCUACUGGAGUUGAAGAGAUCAAAUCUAAUCCUUUCUUUGAAGGGGUGGAUUAUGACCAUAUCAGGGAGAGACCGGCUGCCAUUCCAAUCGAGAUUAAAAGCAUCGACGACACCUCAAACUUCGACGAGUUUCCAGAUUCGGACAUCCUCCAACCAACAUCGACCGUAGUGACGAACCACAGUGAAGCUGAUUUAAAGAGCAAAGACUGGGUCUUCAUUAACUACACGUACAAGCGCUUCGAGGGCCUGACUGCCCGGGGGGCCAUUCCCUCCUAUAUGAAAUCAGGGAAGAGAUAAACACACAGCCUUCAUGCAGCUUUGUUUGUCCUUUUUAAGGAGCCCUUUUCCCAUUGCUUCUCACCGCUGAGGACCCGUCAACAUCUUCAAACUCCAAAGUCUGUUUCCUGUUACGGGUCACGUUGUGAUGCGUUCAUGGUAGUGGACUCUUCCUCCUCUUCCAGCACUUGUCUCACUUUUUUUUUUUUUUUUUUUUUAAAGCCCAAGCUUCUUUAAUAGAAGCUGUAAAGGCUAUUUCUAGUCAUUUGUUUUGGCUAGAAAUGUCAGAUUUGCCCCCCCCCCACAUGAUAGAGAAAGGUUUCUUCUGAAUUCUAAUGAAUAAUUUUAGAUAACUAGAAUGUGGCCAGUCCACUUAUGCUUUGAGUUGGCGUCAUUUAUUUUCUGUAUAAUAGAAUUCUGCUCAGAUUCAACAUCAUCUGCUGUAGAAAUCUUGAAUAUAUAUAUAUAUAUAUAUAUAUAUAUAUAUAUAUAUAUAUAUAUAUAUAUAUAUAUAUAUAUAUAUAUAUAUAUAUAUAUAUAUAUAUAAAAGAAAUAAGAACCGGACUCUCACUGCUUAAUUUUUUUUUUUAAAGUCCAAGAUGCAUUCGAUUUUUAUUUUAUUAUUUUUAUUUUUACUUUUAAAUAUAUAUAUAGAAUGACUCGCAGUGCUUGCCAUCACAUACGUCACUUAACUGGCAAUGGCGAAAUGCAAGGGGCUUCUCUUUUUGUUUAUGCAAACAGUCUUCAGUGCUUGAAAGCCUAAUAUAAUGUUUGGGAACCUGCCUCCAGGGACAAACAUUGCCUUAAAUUUGGAUACUAGUCGAAUGUUCCAGCAAUCACUUGUUCCACCAGCAAAACGACCCUCUUCCAGACCUGCACACUGAAACAAACGUCGUUGUAUUUUUUUCUUUUAUAUAUAUAUAUAUAUUUCUUCCUUCUCUGUUUACUUUCUUUACAGUAUACCAGCCAGUGAUAAUGACCAAGUGACAUUUUAUAGACCAGCUUAUUUCUCGUAAUUCUUUCCACUGCAGCUGUAGCUUCAAUCUGUAACUUUUUCCGUUUGCUGGAUGUUCGCACGCACACUCAGUUCCAAUCUCUUUUCCCUUAAAGGGCUUGCUGUUCAUGUUUACCUUGUUCAGUUCGGGAACAAAGCACGAGUCGGAUGAGCGUCGCGAUUCAUUGUACUGAAUUCGCAUAUUUGAUGAUAUACAUCAGCAGUCUUCCAUGUCGAUCCUGGGCUGAAAAAAGCAUGUUAAUAGCUAAAGCAAUAUUUUACCAAAGACUUACUUUUAGCAGCUGAUGCACCCUUGUUAUGCCUUCGAGAAGCUUGAUUUGUACUGGAAAUUUGUUGAAAAACACGUUUAGUUAAGUAGCGAAAAAAAAAAAUAAGACUUUUUAAUCCCAGGACAGUAGUUGUCUAUUGUCAUCAUUCCAGUAUGGCUAGGAGUAGUUGCACUAUUGUAUAGAUAAGGAAUGUUUGAGGGAGUGCACAGACAUCACAUGACUCGGAUAGGUCUCGCUCGGUUAGAUAGGUUCCUUCAUCAGUGUCCUGUUCAAACGGAAUCCCGUUCUCAUUACACUGUCCUGCUGUCGUAGGUAAAACUUAAUCAAAUCUAGGUUUAAUGUCGACUCAGCUGGAUUUGAAGCUCAGACUCUAUUAGAGCUAAUUAUAUUUUCCGUCAGAAUGACUAGCACUUCUGCUGAAUUGUGAAUAUCGAUUCGUUCUGUCUGACCGGAGCAGGACACAAAUCAGUAAGUUUCUUAUUUUGCAAUACACAAAAUGCUGUCUGUUAAGUCAGUAACUAUCCGCAUGGCCUCACGAAUCCAAAAAUGCUGUUGAUUUUUUAAAAAAAAUAAUUUUUUCGAUGAAAAGAAAAAAGCACGAUUGUGAGAUUUUCUUUUAUUAUUUUUUUUUCUAAAAUGCUGUAGUUUUUAUAUUUCAGGAGCUGUACAAGGGAGUGUUGCAUUUUUGUAAAUUGGAGCAUUAUCUCAUCCUGUAGUCGGGCCGUCCUGCUCGCAUGCUUUUGCAUGAGUGCUGCUCGAAUGUUGGAUGAUGUCUGAAUGGCACGGAGGACGUGUUUCAUGACUUUUAAACUCUAUUCUUCUUCUGUUGUUGUGGGUUUGGCCCUCUGUUCCAGCACUGUGCAGUUUAUUACCUACGAAUGAAGCGUUCAUCAUGAAGAGCUCGUCGGUGAGAUGCUCAGCCAUGUGAGUGCUGGAACAAAACAACAAAAAAGUGCUAAAGUGACCCGUUCUCAAAACAGGAAUUGGUCUGCUGUGUAUGGUUUUAGAAGUUAGGGGCCUCGUUUAUCAAGCUGGUUUAUUUGUCUGCUUUUACACAGACCAGAUAGUUUGGGAAAACAUUUAGAGCUAACAUGAGGUUACAGACAACAAGACUCUCUAAUGCAGGGCUUCAGAUCAUAUAAUCAACAAUAACUUACUACACACAUUUAUGAAAAUGUAGCAUUUUAUAUUAAAGAAAGUAAAAUGAACCAGAUCCAUAAGUGAAUACAACUAGCUAUACAAUUCUGACUAAAGUAAUGGCACCCUGUGAAAGGAGGAAGGGUUGGAGUGUUAUUAGAGGAUUUAGCACACACCGUGCCUUUUCGUCAUUUGCUAAAUGUGAAUUAGCUGUGUCGCGAGAGCGCUUGGCAUUUAUCAUCAUGCGAAUGAACAGAAAUUAAGCAUUACCGAAACGUUUCUUUAUUUUUGGCUCGUUCAGUUUCUGAAACACAAUUUUUGUCUGGUAAACGAGGCCCCGGGUUUAGAGCUCAAAUUGCACUGUUUAAGAGAAGGAAAUCUUGAGUUUUCAGGAACGUCCUGUUGCACAGAGGUUUGGGCAUGGGUGAAAUGAUGUACAUUUGAUUUCCUCGCAUGGUAUGUACAGUACACGGAGAAGGCUGUUGAAUGUUCUAGAAACACACUGGUCGAUUUAUAUUUACCUUUUCACACGAUCAUUACAGUAGCUUAGUCUUUCUGACUAAUUUUCCGAAUAUUUAUAUGCUUACUAGAACAUUCUGGGGGGAAAAAAAGUCAGUGUGUGCGUGUUUGUAUGUUUAAAGGGUUUGUAUCGUAAAGGAUUUACGGCUUAUUUAUUCAAACCAGGAGCGUGUUUUGAGAGUAUCCCUGGAUUUUGAGAAGAAUAGUGAACAAGAAUGAGCUUGCUGUUCUUUUUUUUUUUUUUGGAAGAAUAAAAUCUAAUAUAAAAAUUGCUCCUGGGUUCUGUAACGUUGCGUUCUACUGUGAGACGUUGAAGUUGGGCCUCUCUCUGCCUUAAUAUUAAGUUUGUAGAUUGUAGCUUCACCUCAUAGAGCACCUUUUACUGGUUUGUUAUUGAGAGAGUUUUUGGUGAGCACACAAUUUUAAUGUUAUCAUUCAAUAAAGCACCAGUUUAUUUA